AUGAGUAACUUACUUCAAACAAAGCAACAUUCAACCAAAGAUUAGAAUCCAAUAAUAAAUACAUUGGUUUAUUACAAAUAACAAAGCUAAUGAACACUGCCUUCUCUACCACAAAUUUAAUGAGCAUUAUUCCCUAACUGGGGGCUCCAUUUGUUCCUGAGACUCUAAUCCCUUUUUCUCUCCAUUGCAGAUUGUGAUGAAUUUGAAAUCAAGAACAAAGGUGACCACAACACAAUCUGCAGAGUGGAGAAGGCACGUAAAAAUUUGGAAUGUGGAAAGAGCUGCAGUCAGAGCUCCCAUUCCAGUUCCCAUCAACGAAAUCUCAUUGGAAAGAAACCCUAUCAGUGCAUUGAAUGUGGAAAGAGCUUCAGUACGAGCUCCUCUCUCAUUUCCCAUCAAAGAAUUCAUACAGGGGAGAAACCCUAUCAGUGUGUGGAAUGUGGAAAGAGCUUCAGUCAGAGCUCGUCUCUCACUUCCCAUCAAAGAAUUCAUACAGGGGAGAAACCCUAUCAGUGUGUGGAAUGUGGAAAGAGCUUCAGUAUGAGCUCCCAUCUCACUUCCCAUCAAAGAAUUCAUACAGGGGAGAAACCCUAUCAGUGUGUGGAAUGUGGAAAGAGCUUCAGUCACAGCCAAAGUCUCACUUCCCAUCACAGAAUUCAUACUGGGGAGAAACCGUAUCAGUGUGUGGAAUGUGGAAAGAGCUUCAGUAGCAGCUACAAUCUCACUAAACAUCAAAAAAUUCAUACAGGGGAGAAACCCUAUCAGUGUAUGGAAUGUGGAAAGAGCUUCAGUAUGAGCUACAAUCUCACUUCCCAUCAAAUAAUUCAUACAGGGGAGAAACCCUAUCGGUGCAUGGAAUGUGGAAAGAGCUUCAGUAGAAGCGCCGAUCUCACUUCCCAUCAAAGAAUUCAUACAGGGGAGAAACCCUAUCAGUGUGUGGAAUGUGGAAAGAGCUUCAGUAUGAGCUCCGAUCUCACUAAACAUCAAAGAAUUCAUACAGGAGAGAAACCCUAUCGGUGCAUGGAAUGUGGAAAGAGCUUCAGUAUGAGCUCCCAUCUCACUUCCCAUCAAAGAAUUCAUACAGGGAGAAACCCUAUCAGUGCAUGGAAUGUGGAAAAAGCUUCAGUAUGA